UUUUGUCCGGGGAUAUUUGCAGCAGCAGCAGCCUGGCGCACAUCCCUCACCUGCCUCAGCUCCUCUCCUCCGACUCUGCGCUGCUCACAUCCUGUCUGAGAGGGAGAGGCGAAGGAGGAAGAGAAUCAACAGAAACGACUCCAGAGCCAAGUUUGGCCAACCUUUACGCACACUUCUUACUUUGAAAGACUUAUUUCCCUGUCCAUUUUCCACGGGCUGAUGGUAUUUUUUAUGAAGCCCAUGGGAGCUGAAAUGGAGGUGCGCCUGGGGCUGAUUUUUUUAACACUAUUCUCAUGGAUUUUUCUUGGCACCUUAAUUUAAAACACACCUAAGACUUUAGUUUUCAAGUUAUAGCCUGAAGCGUCAUUGGAGGCGUUUGGCGCACGGACGUCAAUCCAGUGCCAAGUAGCUGAACAGGAGAAAGAACUUCUCCGCAUGAAGCGUUGGAUUAAUGUGAACUAAAAACAAGUCGUUACUAAGAAUAUAAUCUGGAUUCCGUGAUGUGUAUUUGAGAAGUUUCCCCGAUCCGAAUUGAUUUCGUUCGGACAAGGGGAGACUUUAAUGGAUUUUUUAUGUGGGACCCGCUAGGAUGGACGUGGUAGAUGAAACAGAAGCGUUACAGAGAUUUUUUGAAGGUCAUGAUAUUAUCAGUUCUCUGGAGCCAGCCAACAUCGACACCAGUAUCCUGGAAGAGUACAUCAGCAAGGAGGACGAUAGCACUGACAUCUGUUUCUCAGAGGUCCACAGUACCCCAGGACCAAAUUACUCAUCUCCCCAGGCAGGAGUGUCCUCCUCUGGGGGGUUGGUGUGUGGUGUGAGCCCCCCUAUCCCACUGCGCCAAGGAGCCCCUCCGCCUGGGCCUCCUAACUGUCAGAACGCCUACCCCCCAGGUCCAUCCCUGGGCCUCCGACACAACUACCUCUGCCUGGGACAGCAGCAGCAGCAGCAGCAGCAGCAGCAACACCAACACCAGCAGCAGCAGCAACAGCAGGCUCACGUCAAGCCCGAGCACAGGGGCCAUUACGCUCCAGGGACACUACCUGAGUCCCCCCCAGACUCCAGCUCAGAGCCAUACUCUCCUCAGCAGGUGAAUGAUCCUCAUAUGAUUAGGACCAUGACACCAGAGAACAUGUGUCACAUGACUCCAACACCACCCCUCCCACCACAUGGGCACUAUCCCAGCAUGCACCGGGACAUGUACUUGAAGCCUGAACCCAUGAUAUCCCAGUAUCCCAUUGGUCCAGCCACUAGCGGAAGUGGAGACAUGCAGCAGACUCAGAUGCUCCAUCAGCUACUGCAGCACCCUCAGGGGCAGGACGGCAUUCCUGUUCACCAGGCCAAGAAGAGGAAGCACUCUGACUCCCCCAACAGCACCCUCAAUUCCCAAAUCCUCACAGGUAUCAUCAAACAAGAACCAGGUUUAAUGCAGGAUGCAGACAACGCCUACCUGGACCCAAACUAUCAGUGCAUUAAGUGGCAGCCUCACCAGCAGAACAAGUGGACACCACUGUAUGACGCAAACUGCAAAGAGCUUCCAAUGCCAACCUACCGUGUCGAUGCUGACAAGGGCUUCAACUUCUCCUUGGCUGAUGAUGCCUUUGUCUGCCAGAAGAAGAAUCAUUUCCAGGUCACAGUAUACAUAGGCAUGCUGGGAGAACCCAAGUACAUCAAGACAAGUGAGGGCCUGCAGCCCAUCGACUGCUUAUAUCUCAAACUCAACGGAGUAAAGGUGGAGGCCAUGAAUCAGUCUAUCAGUGUGGAGCAGUCACAGUCUGAUCGCAGCAAGAGACCCUUUAAGCCAGUGCUGGUCACCCUGCCCUCAGAGCAGGUCACAAAGGUCACAGUGGGGCGGCUCCACUUCAGCGAGACCACGGCAAAUAACAUGAGGAAGAAGGGCAAACCAAACCCUGACCAGAGGUAUUUCAUGCUGGUGGUGGCUUUGCACGCUCAGUCCCACAGUCAGAGCUACACUGUGGCUGCCCAAGCGUCUGAGAGGAUCAUCGUCAGGGCAUCCAACCCAGGCCAGUUUGAAAGUGACAAUGAGGUGCUGUGGCAGCGUGGCCAACUGCCGGACUCAGUCUACCACCACGGGAGAGUCGGCAUCAACACCGACCGGCCGGACGAGGCUCUUGUUGUCCAUGGCAAUUUGAAAGUCAUGGGCUCCCUGGUUCAUCCGUCUGACAUCAGGGCCAAAGAAAAUGUCCAGGAGGUCGACACCACAGACAAUUUGAAACGGAUUUCUCAGAUGAGGCUGGUCCAUUAUCAGUACAAGCCUGAGUUUGCUGCCACCGUGGGCAUAGAGAACACUGCAGAGACUGGCGUCAUUGCUCAAGAGGUUCAGCAGAUCCUGCCUGAAGCAGUGAAAGAGGGGGGUGAUGUGGUGUGUGCCAAUGGAGAAACUAUCCCCAACCUGUUAGUGGUCAACAAGGAGCGUAUCUUCAUGGAGAAUGUGGGAGCGGUGAAGGAGCUGUGUAAGCUGACAGACAACCUGGAGACCCGUAUAGACGAACUUGAGCGCUGGAGCCGCAAACUGGCCAAGCUGCGACGCCUUGACAGCAUGAAGAGCACCGUGAGUGGAGGCACUGUCAGCCAAUCAGGGAGUUAUUUCAGCAGAACAGGAAGUGGCCCACUCAAGAAGAAGACAGUCAAACCUGGGAGCAAGAAUUUGCUUCCAGAUCAAGGCUGCAUCAGCCAGAGGUUCAUGCAGGGAACCAUCCUGGCACUGGUCAUUGUCAUGGCCUUCAGUGUCAUUUCCAUGUCCGUCCUUUAUGUGUUGACUCUUCACCAUAGAGGAGACGUCACAGAGAAAGAUGGUUAUGUUCCUCCCUGUGUUCUCUACAUCUCUUGGAUGCCCAUCUUCACUGCCACUGUCACUUUCUGUCCGCCUGUCUGCCCAUGGUCCAGAGCUGCACUGGGAUCCUCACGCAAGAGUCCAUACACUCCUCUGUCCACCACCCCUGCACCAGCUUGCUGUUCAACUUCAGCCAUAAACAACCAAUCAGCUACAGUUAUGACAUUGAGUAACAACCAAUCCACGGCAGAUUUAGGUGGCCCAGUUCCCACUCCAGGCUAUAUUAAUCAGAAGGCCAAGUCCAGAUCAAUGGACAAGGAAGGCCGUAAUAGAAAUCGCCUGAGUCACACCUCAGCACCUUUGUACUUUGCCAAAUCCAAAAAGCCGGCACCUACAGACCUGGGUGGAGUGGGAGCUGCCAACCGCCUGCCCCCAGGUCAGCCGCCACAGCCACGCAGACAACGCAGCCUACACACAAAGGGAGGAAGGUCAGCUCCUUCUCUGACUAGUCUACAUAUCGUGGAGACAAACCAAGAGAUUACAGCGCAAAGUUGCGCCACACCUGAAAGCUGCAGCUACACAGUAUCACUCCAUGGAAACAGAAAUUCCUCCUUGUCACAAAUCACUUUGCACAUGACGUCCACGAUCAGUGUGUGGGUUCGACAAUGUGGAGCCACCAAGGGACGUUUAUGCCCCAACCACACAGAGACAGAGCUCUAUGGUGGACAGAGUACAUCAACAAAGGGGACUCAUCACCUGUGGUCAGUGCCUGUGCUGUCCUUCCAGGACGUCACCUAUCACUUCCGUGUUUCCCUGUCUAGUGAAGUCAGCUGUGCCACUGAAGGAGAAGCCUCAUCAUACUCUGACUACCAUUUUCUCAUUCAAAGCAGCUGCGUGUGAGAAGGAAGACGACGUGUCCCAGUGCCUUUACGAUACACUACGUAUUUCCUGUAUGGUUGCGUUUAUACGCUGUUGUGAUGGGAUAGGGUUUUGUCUUGUUAUUGUACAUUAUUUUUAAAGAUAUUCAUACAGAACAAACUAUAUACCACUGUCCCCACUGUAAUCUCCUUCAUAUGUAUAUGCAUUAAGACAUCUCUUUUUGCUGAGUUUGAAACACUGUUUUUUCUUCUGUCACUGAAAAUAUUUUAGAUUACUGUAAUAUGACUGUUGUGUCACUGUUAACUGAGUCCAUGAGUGUAUCGCUCAUUUGAUUAAUGAUCGCCAAGUCUUCCAUACUUACAAGCCAUAAUUACUUUUUCAUCCGAAUCCCACUUUUUAAAUGAAGUCCAGGCAAAGAUACUGUAGAAGACGCUGCGCACAUUUUUGUUUCUGUAUGUACACUGAAACCAGUGUUGACUGGAAACAAAAACACUUUUCAAUAGUUUGAUACACUGGAGAGAAGAUAACUGGCCUCUGCUGAAGGCCUCAGUGAAUAGUUGCAACUCGCACUGGAAAUAUACCUCAGUAGUGCACACUGGCAAAUCCUGGGUCUCUACAGUGGAGCAUUGUGUCUGAGGCUGCUGCAGCCGGCUAGACUGUCUGCUGUCUCCUCACGCAGAAUCUGACUGAACACUGCACAGAGAGGGACGUACUGUGCAGUAUUUCUGUCUCAGUUGUGACAUUAAAGGUCCAGUGUGUAGGAUUUAAGGGGGUAUGUUGGCAGCAAAUUGAGUAUAAUAUAGUAAGUAUGUUUUCUUUGGUGUAAAAUCACCUGAAAAUAAGAAUUGUUUGUUUUCGUUACCUUAGAAUGAGCCGUUUAUAUCUACAUAGGAGGUGGGUCCUUGUCCAUGGAGAUCGCCAUGCUGCACCACCAUAUUUCUACAGAAGCCUAGAACAGACAAACCAAACACUGGUUCCAGAUAGGGCCAAUCACUUUUUUGCAUCAGCCAACGUAGUUAGCAGCCCCUCCAUGAUGAGAGCGUAGGAGAAACACUGAUUUGUAACAUGAUACUGCUUUAUUCUGUGUUUUUUUCUGGUUUAAACCACCAGGUCUAUUUGUUUUGAAGAAGAAGAGACCUCUGCUGAUAAUUCUGCCUCCGGUAAAAACCUCCUGAAUAUCUGGUGAGCACACAUUGGCUGGUGCUGGGUGGGUUGCCCGUCUCUGACAUGCCAAAUAGGCUCAAAGAAACAGAUUUAUAACACGAAACUGUUUUUUUUUUGGGGUGUUUUUACUGGUUUAAAUCACCUAAUCUGUUUGUUCUGGAGAGGAAGAGAC